AUGCUCACAUAAAUGGAAACAACAUAUAACUCCUGUACUGCUGGGUGGGUUGCUCAGGUCCACGUGCGUUUAUGGACCUCUGGUUUUUAUUAUUAUUCACAAUCUGAAGAUGUGUCUUCUGCUGUAGCCAACCCUGCUCAUUAAAGCAGAAUCCGUUAAGGCAUUUAAGCAUUUUAUAACAACCCAUAAAAGUGGCAAAUUUUGAUUUGGAAGAUCUGAUCUUAGUGUACAAUAGUUGGUUUGGAGAGUUCUGUUACAGGCUUGAGACAUUAUUACGAUAUUUCGUAUUGCAUGGUACUCAAUGUCAAGUUAUGACAAAAUAUUUUACAAAAUCUGCACUAUACACUACAUGCCAAGAGGAAAAAUCGGGACACAGAGAAAACUAGUGACCAUUACAAAAAAUACAUUUGCACAGUACCUCCAUUGAUUAUUAGCCAGUUGGGGCUAAAGUCAGCUGACAUUUGCAAUGGCUGUUUAGAAAAAGCAAAUGUCAGGAUAUGAAAUCACACAACUAAACUAUUUAAGUACCAAAUAACACAUCCAUGAGAGAAGACUUUACAGAAGUUUAAAAUUUUUGACAUUUUGUUUGUUCUUUAUGUGUCUCCACUCAGCCAGUCCACUCAGGGCUAUGCAAAACACACUCACCUAAUGACUAGAGACAUUUAUGGUUCUGUCUAAAACUAUUCAAACUUGUGUCGGCUCAUUCUGUUUUGGUUGAGGGUUGCCAUGGCAGCAGUUUUCCGGUGUUCCUUGUUGUGUACAUGAACAGGAUGUCUCAACGCUAAGACGGAACAUCUUUCGGCAUCGGAGCACACUGGCUGGAGCCCAGUAAACCCAUAGUGAAGCAGAUGAAGUCUCAGCAGCCCUACACAAUGUGCUUCCGGGUCAAAUUCUACCCCCAUGAGCCAAUGAAGAUCAAAGAGGAACUCACCAGGUAUCUGCUGUAUUUGCAGCUAAAGAGGGAUGUCUACCACGGCCGUCUCCUGUGCCCGUUUGCUGACGCCGCCUACCUGGGGGCGUGUAUCAUACAGGCUGAACUAGGGGACUAUGACCCAGAUGAGCACCCGCCAGACUACAUCCGAGACUUCAGACUGUUCCCCAAGCAGUCGCUCAAACUAGAGCGGAAGAUCAUCGAGAUCCACAAAAAUGAGCUAAGGGGGCAGAGUCCUGCUCUGGCUGAGCUUCACCUCCUCCAGAGAGCACAGACCCUGGAGACGUACGGGGUGGACCCUCACCCAUGCAAGGACUUCACAGGAUCCACAGCUUUCCUCGGCUUUACCGCUACUGGGUUUGUGGUGUUUCAGGGAAACAAGAGAAUCCACCUGCUCAAAUGGGCUGAUGUCAGCAAACUGAAGUUCGAGGGGAAAACCUUCUAUGUCAUUGGAAUUCAAAAAGAGAUCUCGCUGACAGGCAGGAUGCACUGUAAUCUGAAGAAACUAGUGCUGACGUUUCACACCUCAACUCCAGCGGCGUGUAAACAUUUGUGGAAGUGUGGCGUGGAGAACCAAGCCUUCUACAAAUGUGCAAAGUCCAGCCAGAUAAAGACUGUGUCCAGUAGUAAUAUAUUCUUCAAGGGAAGCAGGUUUAGAUUCAGUGGAAGAGUUGCAAAAGAAGUGAUCGAAGCCAGCUCCAAGAUCCAAAGAGAUCCACCGGAGGUGCGCAGGUUACACUUUGGCCAGAGCAGAAGCUUCAACUCGCUGAGCCACAAAAACCUGAUCAUGAACAUGGAGCCUCUGGUCCCGGCCCUGCCCUCCCCCAAUGAGUACGAAGAGGCCUCGGCGGAUAUUGGACUCCUGGCUCUGAAGGACUGCGUUCACUUGUCCCCACUGAAGCAGUCCAGCACGCCCACAGAGCAGGAGGUGGAGAAGUUGGAGGGCCCGGCUCCUGGGCAGCACGGGCAGGAAGAGACAGGAGGGGAAUUACAGGAGGGGCAGGAUGAAGAGGACGAGGAGGAGGAGGAGGAAACGAGUGGUGCCCUGACCAUCUCUGAGCUGGUGUACAGCCCCUGUGCCAGCAUGCUUCCCACGCCGGUGGACGACAGCCAGGGAGGGGUGGAUCGGCUGUUCCAGAGCCCCAUCCAGAGCCCGGCCCGCCUGCUGAGAGAGCUGCACGCCGACCCGGACAUCCAGUCCCAGCUGCAAGCCGAGAGGGCACGCGACCGCGCCUUUGAGCGCGCACGUGCGGCCGGGAGAAACGUGCUGGGCGGGGGGCUCCGCCUCCUGACGAGGAACGACAGGGUGAACGGUUGCGUGCUGAGCGCGAUCCGUCUUGUCUCCAUGGUGACGGGGGUCCUACUGGUUGCCGUGCCGAUGCUGCUGCUGCUGCUGGAGUCGGACAUUGACGUGUCGUUCCUUCGCGAGAUCCGCCUGACACCCGAGUUUCAGCAGUUCCACUAUGAGUACUACUGCCCCCUGCGCCGCUGGCUGCUCUGUAAGGUCAGCGCGGCCAUGGAGAGACUGGGUUGGGACUGAGGGAGUGCAGGAGAAGAGGAGUGGACAUGAUGUGGACAGGAAGGAGGAAGAAGAGAAGAUCUGAGAGAGGGUCGCGUUCACGCAUUAAUGUAUCUCUCUGCCCACUCCUGAUGCUGAAAAAGCUGACGGUCGUAGGUUGUGAUUGGACUUUGAUCUUCGCGUCAGUCUCUGGAGCUAAUUUGAUUGGCCCCAGACACUGUCAGUAGUGGCGGAGUGGGCGGAACGGAGGGAGGACAUCGAUCUGAGAGCCACCCGGUAUUGAGUCACUGGUCACAUAACAGCCACAGCCUAUAGAUACAAAAGUAUAUUUACAAAAUAAUUACAAUAGGAAUAAUACAUCUUUAAAGUUCUUUUUAGUGUUUUGUACAUUUUUAUGUGAUGCAAGUAUUUCAGGAAUUUUUCAGUCAGAGGAUCUACUUUAACUUAUUUAAACAAGUUUAUUGGAGCUACGGGGUUUGGGGUCAAAGUAAGCUAUUUUUAAAGACUACUGUCAUGCACCUUGACUGGUAGCGCCGUGGGUUUUACUACAAGGAUAUCCAGCACAAUCUUUUACAACACAGACAAACUGUUUCAGAUUCUCUGAUGUCAUUGGUGUCAGAUGGCACAGGUCCUGUUACCUGCCCACCAACCUGUUGGUGGUGUCCCACUUAAUGUCAUCCUGUUCAAAGUUUCAGUCAGUCUCCUGACUGGUGGAUUGGUCCAACUUAGGAGAGUUGUAACAUCAAAUUUGUCAGCGAUACGGGAAUAUUUCUGAUGGUCGGCCUUAACUGUAAUUGCCAGACUAUGAAAUUAAAUUGUUCCCUGACCAGCGGGUGACCGAUAAGAUCAUGUAUAAGUAACAAAACAAACAACAGGUCUGUCAUGGUCUGAAUGGGAAGGAAAUACAACUGUCAGUCUGAUAGCUAUGAGUUUAUCAAGAUUUUACCUGUAAAAGAGUAUCACAAAGAGGAGUGGGUUUAUGGUUGUGAAGUGAAGGAUAGUACUAGACAAUUACAUGAACAGAAGUUGAAGACAAAUUUGGACUGUAUUCUCAGGAAAGGACGUACGCAUGUCGAAUUAAGUCUCUGUGUGCAAAUAUAACAUGAUAUGAACAAACACAAUAUAGAAAAAACAUCUAUCGUAAUCACAAACCUCUUGUGAAUAUUAAAUAUCUCUUGAUUAACUCGUCAUAUCUCAACAGGUUUGUAGCCAUAAAUGUCAAUUAUAUUCUGUUUCUCAGUGUGUUCUCUAACACAGGCCUCGUUGUCAUACUUCAGUACUCUGGUGUCAACACACAACUACUCUAGUGAGCAACAAGAUAUUUUACUCAUCUACUGGAAUCUUUAGAUUUACUCCAUUAGUGGCCCCUUAGUUAUAUUCCAUUAGUCGCUGUGGCAUUGUCAAAAGAUGUUUUCAUAUUAUUAAACGAUAACAUUA